AUGCUGCUUCUGUCGUCGGCGUCAGCGCUGUGCGCCGUAUUGGGCCCUGUCAUCGAUGCAAACUUCCCGGAUCCGGCGAUGAUCCAGGUGAACGGAACCGCGUACGCAUACGCGACCAACAGCGGAAACAUCAACGUCCAAGUCGCUGUUUCUCACGACAGCGGCGCGACAUGGAACCUCACCGGGACCGACGCGCUCCCGGAUGUGGGGUCAUGGGCUACGAAUGGGUCGACAUGGGCGCCCGACGUAGUGCAGAGAGCGGAUGGGACAUUCAUCUUGUACUACGCAGCCGAGAACCCAGAUAUCAACACGCACUGCGUCGCUGCAGCGACGUCUAUGAACCCCGAGGGACCUUUCACGCCACAGAGUAACCCCAUCACAUGCCAAGCCUCGGGAGGCGGAACUAUCGACAUUGCCGGGUUCCAGGACACGGAUGGGACACGGUACGUCGUCUACAAGGUCGAUGGCAGCUCGUUAGGAGGCGGCGGUCCCUGCGGGAACGCGAACGGCGCGUUCGCGACGCCCAUCAUGCUCCAGAAACUAGAAGCUGAUGGUUUGACGCCAACUGGGAACCCUGUGGAGAUUUUGGACAGGAUCGCAUCAGAGGACGGACCGCUCGUCGAGGCGCCUGUGUUAAUUAUCCACGGCGGAACAUACGUCCUUUUCUACAGCAGCCAUUGCUUCAACGACCCAGGAUACGAUAUCCGGUACGCCACUGCAGCGAACAUCUCGGGCCCCUACACCCGGCAGGGCUCGAUCAUCGCCACGGGUGACUACAACCUCACCUCGCCCGGUGGCGCGACUCCGCUUCCAGACGGGAGCUUCAUGGUCUUCCACGCGCAGAUCAACGCAGAUCCGCUGACGAGGGCGAUGUACACUGCUACUUUGACAUGGAACGGCACGUCAAUAUCGGUGGCAUAG